AUGCUGCUGUCUGUCAAAAUCCCUAGAGGAUCACCAAUUUGCUGGCCAUCUCGCCGUCUAUCCAAAACAAUUUUAGCGUUUCUUCGAGUAACGAUGCUAUUAUCCAUUCUCCUACUCCCUGCGGUCACCUGCUCACCAUCCGAGCAACGGCUGAUGAAUGAUCUUCUCGUUGGUUAUGUACGUGAAGAACGUCCGGUGCUGGACAGCAGUAAACCAGUUAUCGUCACUCUUGGCCUUGCAAUGCAACAAAUUAUUAAUUUGAAUGAAAAAGAAGAACAACUAGAAGUGAGCGCAUGGCUUAAGUUUGCUUGGAUCGAUGAGAACUUGCGAUGGUUGCCAAACGCUUACGGUAAUGUAACCGAUUUAAGACAUCCAGCUGGAACUAUAUGGCAACCAGAUAUCCUUCUUUAUAAUAGUGUUGAUCCGGCUUUUGACUCAACAUACAAAGUAAAUCUCCUUAAUUAUCAUAAUGGUCUCAUUAACUGGGUUCCGCCUGGAAUUUUUAAAAUCUCCUGCAAGUUGGACAUUUACUGGUUCCCGUUUGACGAACAGAUCUGUUUCUUUAAGUUCGGCUCGUGGUCAUCUAGUAAGGAUAAAAUCGAGCUACAAGUUGGUGAACUGGAUUUCUCUGAAUACUUGGAGAACGGAGAGUGGAUAAUUUUGCACUCUGAAGGAAACGUAACGGCUAAAUACUACGAAUGUUGCCCGGAAGCGUUUGAAGAUAUCAAAUUUACACUUCAUCUUCGACGUCGAACCCUGUACUAUGCGUUCAACCUAAUCAUGCCCUGUAUGCUCACCAUGAUUCUUGUUGUGCUAGGCUUCACCCUAUGUCCAGAAACAUGCGAAAAAGUCGGUCUACAAAUCUCCGUCACAUUGGCUAUUUGCAUUUUUCUCACCAUCAUGAACGAGAUGACUCCUCAUACAUCCGAAGCUGUUCCUUUACUCGGUGUUUUCUUUCAAAGUUGCAUGGUAAUUUCAACGUUGGCCACUUCGUUUACGGUAUUUGUGCAGAGUUAUCAUUUUCGAAGCCAUCAUCAUACGCAUAGAAUGUCUUUUUGGAUGAGAUAUAUCCUCCUGGAGUGGGCGCCAUGGCUGCUUCGAAUGCAGUUCCCCGAGCGAGCGAACAAUUUAUCAACUAUCAAAGACAGCUGGGCUAAUAGAAAAACGAGAAGACGAGGAACAAAAACAGCGUUUGACUAUGAAGAAGAAACAACGUCCACACCUGCUGGCAUGGCGAUCAAGGAAAAUUUCGACAAUUUUCUUUUUCAGGUAAACGCUAAAGUUGCCGACGAUAAGCGACUGGUGGAACGUCUACGAGUGCUUCAGAAGAUUCAUGAUCAUGUUAAGAUGAUCCGUGAACGUUCCGAUGACACUGUGGAAGACGGUCAUGUAGCGCUGGAAUGGCGUUUCGCUGCCAUUGUCGUUGAUCGGCUUGGACUUCUCUCCUUCUCAACGCUUAUAAUUGUAACGACGCUUGUGAUAUGUUUACGUGCACCAUAUUUAGUGGCUUAA